AUGAAUACCUGCCUAGCUGUCACCUCCAGCUUGGUGGAGAUGCUGCAGCGGCUGAAUUCCAUUCUACUUCAUCGUUGUCCUGCAAAGAAGAAAAAAAUAAUCAUAGUCAAUACCCCGAAAUUGUGGUGGUCAAUACCCACAACUUGCAUAUUCCUGGCAACGGCCGCAACGGCUGAGCACAUACUCCCGAUCGACGUCCAAGUCGACCUUUUAUUCCCCCUCAACGACACGUACGCACCAGCGCCAUGGUUCCCCAUAGUCUUUGCCAUACAAAACCUAGACGCGGCGGGGCCGCUGGAGGCCGACCUUCAAGUCGACGUCUUCAGCGUUGGGUCGCGGAGAAACCAGACCCAGCGCGUCAGCUGGCAAAACAUCGGCCUGUACUCUGUGCAGUCCCCGGAAAGACACUACUUUCACAUACCAGCGAUAAACAUGACGGAGGGCGCGACGGACCGGUACAACAUCGUCUGGCGGCUGAGGAUCUGGAACAGGUGCUUUGGCGAUGACGAGUCCAACCAGACCGAGGCCAGGUUGUGGACAAACGACCCGGCGCCCUUCAGGAUGCAGAACUUGAGCUUCUCUGCCGCGCCGGGCGCUAGGCUUCCCGACGUGGAGACGUCCAUCAGUUCGUGCCCUGAGGCUAGCGAGAGGAACUCGGCCCCUGUUCGCAUCUCUCAAAUCCGAGAGAGCUCCAUCAACGUGGGAAAGCCAUGUCCGGUUGUGGAAGAUGCACCCGCCGGAGAAGUGUAUAUACAAACCUCUCGCCAAGCAGCUCGCUGGCAACGUCAAGACGAUUUUGGACCAGAAGCAGUGUGCUGGAGACGCGUGGCAGACGGCUUCAGCGCCGUGUCAACGUUUGAGCGUUGGUGCGUCCUCAAUUGUUACAUCAUCGUGGAUGGACUGGACACCGGUUGCUUUGGCCUUUGCCGCAUGUAUACAGAGUUUUUAUAG